AUGGGCAACAUCCUUUCACCAGUGGAUACCAUCAACUACAACUUUGUCGCGGGGGUCUAUGGUCUGUGCACGGUUCUCUUUGUGCUGCUGCUCGUGAUCCAGCGAUACACGGACUCUGUCGAGGGGUUCUACAUUGUGUUUGCGCCGUUCCUUCCGUGCUUGCUGUGGAGCUUGGUCGUGCGUCGCAACUGGCUGGCCAAGGAAGCCGCCCUUCUCAACGACCCGAAGAAGACAGAGUAG